AUGAAUGCACCUGCUGCUGGUUUGGGAGGUAGGACAGCUAUUCAGGCCGCUGUCCAAAAUGAAGACAAAAUCCUCGUUCAAGAGUUGGUAUCACGAGGUGCCGACGUCAACGGCUUGCCUGCACGUGAAGGGGGUGCCACAGCUCUCGACCUGGCACUGGAGAACAAUGAUCUCCAAACCGUCAUCUUUCUUCUUGAGCAUGGCGCAACGGUCAAUGCGGCCGCCUUUAGGAUCAUUCCCCACAGAGCUAUGCAGAAUGACUACACAACUCUGGCACAAGAGUUGCUAUCAAAGAGCGCCGACGGGACCUUGAAGCGUGCGGCACUCCACACAGCUGUGAAGAAUGACGAUAUUGCUCUCAUUCAAGAUUUGCUAUCAAGGGGUGCCGACGUGGAAGGGUUACCUGCAGAAAAUGGUGGCAAAACUGCUUUGCAGCUGGCGAUUGAGAGAAAUAGUAUCCCUAUCGCAAGGUUACUGAUUGAAAGAGGCGCAAAUGUCAAUGCAGAUGCAGCUCAGAUGUUUGGAAGAACACCGCUUCAAGGGGCAGUAGAACAGCAAGACAUGUCUUUGGUCCGAGAGUUGAUAUUACGAGGUGCUGACGUUAAUGGGCCCCCGGCAGCAGAAGCAGGUGCUACAGCUCUCCAGUUGGCAGCGAUGAAAGGGAAUUUGCCUAUUGCUGCAUUACUUCUCGAACAUGGCGGAGACGUUAAUGCCGCUGCCGCCCUAUCUGAUGGACGCACAGCUCUUGAAGGCGCUGCAGAGCAGGGCCGACUUGAUAUGGUUCACUUAUUAUUAGCUAAUGAUAAGAACGAUGCAACUCUCAAAGAUCGUUGCCAGGCUGCAGCAGAGUUUGCGGGCAAUGAAGGACAUGAGAGAAUUGCUAAAACGCUCAAGGCAUGGAGAUGA